GUUCUGUGGUAUAGUCAGUUAUAAUAGUGUUCUGUGGUUACAACGUCACAGCGACAACAGCGUCAUUCGCACGAUUUCAAAAACAUAACCUCAAAAUGUGCACGCGUGAGGACUCCAUAAUUUCGCAUUUAAUUAAAAAUUUGCACCUGUUGGUGCUCCCGUCGACGCUGUGGGCCGUCCACGUCGACCCCAAACAAGAGUUUCUAGUGAUUUUGCACGUGAAAGCCAGCAGCGACAAAGUGACAGUGGAUAAGGGGGUCCUCCUCACCACCGAAAACUUCUCUCUAAAAACCUCAGUGUCCGUAAACGAGGAAAUCGUGCAGCUACCAAUCGCUUCAAAAAUAGAAACAAUGUCGGACUUAACUAACCUCAUCUACAGCCUUCAUGAUAUCAAGAUGUGUUUGAACGCAAACGCCAGCCCCAAGUGCUCCAAAUACAUCUUGAAUGGCACGUCGAGCUUGUGCGAUUUCUGCUCGUUUGAAGUUUUCAGCGAAACUUGCAGAGAGGUUAAUCCGGUUCCGGCGACAGGAUUCUUAGAGACAGUUAAUUUCCAAAACGGUGUAGAAGGGCGUUCGCAACAAGCAAAAAACCAUCUGUGUACCACCUGUGGCAAGAGGUUUUCGUGUUUGUGGGGGUUGGAACACCACAUGUUGACGCACGCGCCCCCAGACGGAAAACCGUUCAAGUGUAUAGUGUGCAUGAAGUCGUUCGCCAAGAAGUACAACUUGAAUGUGCACACGCGCGUUCAUUCUGGUGAGAGACCGUACGUUUGUAAUAUGUGUGGCAAAACUUACUCCACUCGGAGCAACCUAACCACACACAUGAACAGCGCCCAUCGUGACGAGAAAAAACACCACUGCGACCUGUGUGAAAUGACUUUCGUGCAUCCGCGCGUGUUGCGAAUUCAUAUGAGGAAACACACCGGCGAGAAACCGUUCAUGUGUCAGAUCUGCGGCAAAGUGUUUGCGAAGAAUAUUCAUCUGACUAUUCACACGAGGACUCACACUGGGGAGAAACCAUACAUGUGUUCAAUUUGUGGAAAGGCUUUUACAACCUCUGGUAAUCUCAAUUCUCAUGUAAAAAUCAACCACAAAAUGUAGACGUUCAGGUAAAUCAAGAAUAAUUUAUUACAAAAAGAAACCAUUAAAGCUGCAUUGUUUAGUGCUCACUUAAAAAAAUAUAAAAAAGACGAAUAUUGACAAUGUAAAGCUUAAAUAUAUAUUUCUUAUUAAA